CCAGCCGGUCUGACCGGCCCGGAUGCGAGCCGGCCGCCAGGGCCCUCCCGGGGCAGGGCCGCCCCGGGGGUGACGGGAAGGAAGGCCGGCGGUGCCGGCGAGCCCGGGCUCCGGCGGGAAGUGGGAGCGGCUCGAAUGCGGGAGCGCGGCGGCCGCUGACCGGGAUGGGAGCGGAGCCGCCAGGCCGCCCGCAGCCUCUGGAGCCCCACUGAGCCGGCCGCGGGGACCCAGCGCGGGAGCCGAGAUGUGCCUGCGCCUUGGUGGCCUGAGUGUGGAUGACUUCCGGAAGGUGCUGAUGAAGACGGGGCUGGUGCUGGUGGUGCUGGGCCACAUGAGCUUCAUCGCGGCCGCCUUGCUCCACGGCACCGUGCUGCGCUACGUGGCUGCCCCCCACGACACCGUGGCUCUGCAGUACUGCGUGGUCAACAUCCUCUCGGUCACCUCUGCCAUCCUGGUCAUCACCUCGGGCAUCGCAGCCAUUGUGUUGUCACGCUACCUCCCCAGCAUCCCUCUGCGCUGGGCAGUAUUUAGUUCAAGUGUGGCCUGUGCCCUUCUCUCUCUGACCUGUGCUCUUGGACUCUUGGCCUCGAUCGCUGUGACCUUUGCCACCCAGGGCCGGGCACUGCUGGCCGCCUGCACUUUUGAGAGCCCCGAACUACUGGCCCUGGCACCCGACUGUCCCUUCGACCCCACACGCAUUUAUAGCUCCAGCCUGUGCCUCUGGGGUAUCGCACUUGUGUUCUGCGUGACAGAGAGUGUGUUCGCUGUGCGAUGCGCUCAGCUAGCCCACCAGCUGCUGGAACUGAGGCCCUGGUGGGGGAAAAGCAGCCACCACAUGCCUCCCCUGUCUCCGCAGAUGCAGGAGAGCCCGGAGCCUGCGGAAGGCCAUGACCUGAUGAGCUGCCCCAGCUCUGGCCCGCUGACCAUCUGACAGCUGCUGCCUCACCCAACCCCAUGAGCACGGGGACCUGCAACCAAGUCUGCACUGUGACCAGGCCAGGAUCCCUGGAGCUGGCCGGUGAGGGCUCGGUGGCCAUUCCCGGAUCUGGGUGGGGAUUUUAAACCCCUCCCCCGGCCACCCACGCUCUGCGCUGAAGUGAGACUUUAUUCUGAAGUUAUUAAAAAGAACAGAGACGCUCGGCCGGGAGGCAUGCAGCAGGGGAGGGCUCAGCCAGGGCCUGUGCUUUCCCACGCAGGAUGCAGGGGGCGGGGGCGGUUAGCUGUGUCUGUGGGCCUGUGUUCAUCCACGUGCUGAAAGGCGGGCGGGGGUUCAUGGGGCUCACACUGCAAUUGGGAGGUUUUCCUUUUGCAGCGUGGUCUCCAGCCAACAAAAGCUGCAGCAGGAAGGGAAGGAUGGCUCCAGGAAGCUUUAUCCUUAUCCCUCCGCGCCCCGCCCCCCAAUCCUUCUCUCCCCUCCAAAUAAAAAGACUGGCUCCUCACCUGC